AGGGAUUGGUUGUUUCAAUCUCUUAUCGGUCCCCUGCCGAAAGGGCCGUCUUCAAUUCAGAUCUCUUAUAUUUAGAGAGCGUUUUCCGGAGUUGGUUUAGCAGUUGCCAUAACAAAGAUUACUACAGUAGCUUCACAUGGUUUGACCUGAUCAAAUACACUGGAUGUGAGUGGAACAGAGGCAGGAGUAGGGAUUAUUGCAGGUUUAGAGCUUAGAGUGCUCUGUAAUCAUCCAUUCUCCUCUGUGCCUCACAGCAAUGCAGUGAGAGAAAAAGGUAGAUGGAUAUUCUUUGGCUGGCAGGGAGAGGAUCUUUAGGAUCUUUGUGUGCCAGGAAAAGGCAUUUUAGACUUAUUUUAAGUGGAUAAAUCUGGCAUCUGUCAAUCAAAGGCAUCAUGAAGGAUUCUUGUCGUGUGUGCCACGGUCGUCUGAUUGGCAAUCAGUGUCGCUGGAUCUUCAGCUCGUCAGGAAAGCGGAAGAUACAAAUUAUCUUGUCCCACGUUCUGGGCUGGGAGGUGACUCGUGAUGGCCGCGGAGAGUUCCUCUGUGGGAAAUGUGUGUUCCAGCUGGAAAAGGUGGUCCAGUGUGACGUUAACCUCAGCCAGCUGCAGGAAAAGCACAACAACCAAGUCCAGAAACUGCAAGCGGAGAAAGAACACCUUAUGCAGUGCAUCGUCCACGUUUACAACAAAAACAACACUGGUCAAGAAAGGAGCGACGAGGAGAGGGCCCAGCGCUCCAAGUCUCACCUCAGUUCAUCUGGGGCAACCAGUUUUGACGACGAGGACACGUGUCUGCUGGCUUCUGAUGCACAAUCAUCGAGGCAGAGCGAAGGUGGUGCCCGCAUGAGGAGAUGUGUGAGUCUGGAUAGACUUGUCAGCAAAGGAGUGUUCCCGGGGCGUUCUGGUCUCAGGAAAUGGAGGAUGGGAUCGGCUGUAGGGCUUGAUAGUUCUAUGAAAAGCUUUGGUUUACUAGGUUCUCGUUGCAUCUCUAAGAGCAUGUACCUGGACCUGGUGCAGUAUAAGGGGACAAUUCCAAGACCUGAAUUCAAAGAUCGCUCCACAUCCAUGCUGUCCCUCAAUAGGGACUUUGCUUCGGACAAUACAGACAUUCCAGGUAAAAAUAAACUCAGAGUAGCCAAGACUUUAGUUGUCAGCAAAGCUGCCUCUGAUGAGGAUUAUGGGGGAAAGGCUCAGGCUAUGUUCCUGCUUCGCCGCUCCUCACGGCAGCCUUCAGUGAUCUCUGACCUGACCCAGCUCCUGCGCUGCAUCACCAAGCACAGAGUGUCUGUCCCACCUGGGAGCCGCAUCCCUGUCUCAAAGAGGCUUAGUGUUGGUCACAUCAGCGUUGGUAGAAAGCGUGUACGCAAGGAGGCAGAGUGGAAGUCGCUGCAUGACCUAACAGAGGAAUUUGAUGAUAAAUACACGCCUGUCACCAUGGAGGUUCACCAGAAAAAAAGCGAGGUCAGUCGUCUGGAGUCCGUCAACAAGCUGCUGAGUGAAGAACUCACCCAGGUUAAAACUACCCAUGAAAGCCUGACCAAAGCACUCGAGGAAGCCCAGAAUCAAACAAAUACAUUGUCUGGAAAUUUGGAGGAGAAAGAGAAUGAACUUGACACAGAGAAGAAGAACAGCCUAAAGCGAGACAAAACUAUCCAGGGGCUAACAAAAGUCCUCAAAGAAAAAGAAAAAGAGAUUGCAGAGUUGUGUCAUGAGAUUGAGGACCGUGAUGAUGCUUUAGCCAAAGCUCGGGAGACAGCACACAAAGCCCAGAUGCAGAAAUAUCAGGGUGCAGAAGAGCAUCAAACACUACUGAUGGAAAAGCAAACCGAGUUGGUCCAACUGCAGGGGGAACACCACAUCAAGGUGCUCGAAGUCCAAAAGCUUAUGCGUUCCCUCGACAGGAAGGAGCAGGAAUUGGCCGACUUGCAGCAGAUAAAGGAUCAGCUAGAGGUGGAACUAGAAGAUAUGCAACAUCAGAAGAAGAAGGGAGACAAAGUCCUGAAUGAUCUCAACAAUCAACUAAAAAAACUGAGUAGUGAGAUUGGGGAGAGAGAAAGUUCUCUAGAGCACCAGUACCAGGAAGUGUUGGACCAAACCAAAAGAAAGCUGCAGGCCCAUGAAGUCACCAUCCAGAGGCUCACAUCCAGCCUGGCUGAUAAGGAGAAGCAGUUACAGGAGUACAUAAAUAUUGUAAGAGAAUUUGAGCAGAACAAUAGCCCAGCAGGAAACGACAGUGUGCUGGCCAAGCUUCGCCAAAGGCUAAAGGAAAAGGAAAACGCACUUGAUCAAGCACUGGAUGAGAAGUUUGCGGCCAUUGAGGAGAAAGACAACGAAAUACACCAGCUGCAGCUGUCCCUUAGGGAGAAGGAAAGAGACCUGGAGAGGCUCAAUAACCUGCUGUCACACAACGAGGAAACCAUUAAUAGUUUUGACAGCCUGAUUAAGGAGAAGGACGUAGAACUGCAGCACCUCACAAACACACUGAAGAACCUGCAGAGGGCCAAACAAGACGUGGAAGACAACUUGAACAGAUCGCUGAGGGAAAAGGACUCCAUCAUCAGCCAGCUGCAGCUCUCCCUCAGUGGGAAGACUAAAGAUUUGGAGGAAAUGGCAGAAUCCAUGCUGAGCCAGUCGCAAAGUCAAGCUCACGACUUUGCAGAGCAGAUGGGCCAGAGGCUCAAAGUCACAGAAGCUAUGCUGGCCGAGGCUGUGAAAGCCAGGGAAAGGCUCAUUUCAGACAAUGAGACCGCUGUAGAAGGAUUGUUGGCAACCAUUAAAAGCAAAGACCAACUCCUCAAGGAGUCUGCAGAGCACUACAACCGCAUGCUGUCUGAGCGUUCCCAGGAGAUUCAGGAAUUGAGGAAACAGCUGUCUGACAAGCAGCAGAAGCUGAUGGCCGCUCAGAAACAAAACACCACGGCUACCCAGAAGGGUUCUUUGGAAACUGCAGAGCUACAAGUCCUCCUUGCUGAAAAAGACAGCCUCAUCGACAGGCUUCUUCAGCAUGGCCAGGAGAGGGAUCAUUUGAUGACAGAGCACGACAAGGCGCCGGAUAACGUGCUAGAGCUCAGACAAACUAUCCGGAUCAUGCAAGAGAGGUUAGAGGAGCGUGAAGCUGAGUUGUCCAGGAGGAACAGUGAUGACAGCAUGGAGAACAUUCCGCUCUCUAAGAAGACUGUUGUUAUCCUAAAAAAAGAGCUGGCCCAGAAAACAGAGGCACUCAACAAAGCGCUGAAGCGGGAGAAUGAACUGAAGAUUUCUUUGGCAGAACUCCAGUCAUUGCUCUCUGAGUUGGAGGUCCGCAGUGAAGGUCAGGCUGCCAAUAUCGAGUCCCUCACAGCCACUAUGGAGACCAAAGAUGAAAUUAUCCUUGUUCUUCAGCAGCGUCUCGGUCAGGGUGAUCACAGCCAGGAUCGAGCCAUUAGCAGCAGCAUGGAUCGAUCGCAUACUGGACUUCCUCAAAGGGAGAGAACUAUGAUUGGUGGCGACAGCCAGCAAGAAGUACUUCCCAGCCUUGUAGCAUUACAGCAGGAACACGAAGCUCUAAACAAAGCUUUGAGGGCUGAGCAGCAGCUCUACUCCAGCCUGGUUAGGACUGUGAAAGAGCAGGACAGCGCCCAACGUUUUCAUGCUCUUCAAAUGGAGCUGACAGCGGUACAGCUUCUUAGGCAGAAGCAUGAGGACAGCAUCAAAACAAACGAAGAUCUCAGGGACAACCUGGAGCAAGAGCUAGACAGAGCCAAAGCCAGAGAAGGUCAGAGCGCAGUGGACCCCAAAGAACUAGAGAGUGUACGGCAUCAACUUGAAGAUGCCCAACGCUGGAAUACCUCUUUACAGACUCGCUUGGGGGCUAUCCAGGAUCGAGGAGGUGGAGUGGGCGGUGCCAAAGACUGUGAUGUUUUUGCUUCAGGUGACACACUGAGUUUCAUUUGCGACCAGACCUCUUACAUGAGUAUAUGUGUGGGCGAGGGGCAGGAUUACAGCUCACCACUGGAGCUCAAGCAGAAGGUGCUGGAACUGCAGGACUGCGUCAGCAGACUUGAAACUUUAAACAGUGAGCUAAAGAACAGACUGUCAUCACUGGAGAAGACCAAACAUAAUGAUGCCUUCAGCAAGGAAGCCAUCGAUAACCCCUGGAACCAGCAGCUUGAGAGGAAAACAGACACGCCGCAGGUGCCUUACCCAACAUAUCGGUCGUUUCAAGACAGUUGGAGUCAGACAGACCUCAAACAUGGGCAGCCAUUUGGUGAUGAAAGUGUGGACAGCGGCCUUGGCCAGAACAGAGCUCAUGCUCACUCUGCCAAUGCAGACAUUAUUGAGACAAGCCGAGAUGAAGUGACCCUUAAAUCCUUGCUGACUGACUGUAAGGCUACAUCACUCCUGCAACUAAGAGAGGAAGUCCUCAGGCUAACAACUGAAAAUGUGCAACUGCGAGGCCUGCUGAAAGAGCACAGGUCUACUGAGUGUAAAGAAAAAGAGAGCGAAGAUGCCUCAGAGAACAGCAGCGACGGGCAAAGCAGAGAAACUUCGCAACCUGCCAUUAAAGUUCAAGCUAUAGUCACUAAGAUGGCAAAGGAAGAUGAGAAGAAUGCUAACGAUGGGUGGACACCGGUCCCCACAGGGGAAGCUAAUGAUCAAAGCAAGACUUCAAAGCAUAAGGUCAGUAUCAGAUCUCGUCUGCCCGUCCUAGUGAAGCAAAGAAUGGAAGCUUGCAGCAACUCACAGUCAGAAAGAGAUUCUGAUUAUGUCCAACCCCUUCACGCAGAUGCUUUCCAGCAACUGUUUUUAAACUCUGACUCCACAAUGUCUUCCCAACCAAGCACUUGUCCUUCUUCCUCCCACGGCCCUGCUUAUGAUAGCGGCUGUCCAGCCACACACACUCUGGAUAACACCCAGGAUAGCUGUGCUCUUUUUACUCAACUGGAGCUUCUUCACCAGGAGUGCCAGGAGAAAGAGACUUUGAUCAGAAAGCUCAGCGAGCAGCUGGCCGAUUGGCAGGAGCUCCGCGCUCAGCUCCAGGAGAAAGAACGCCUCAAUCGGCAGUACAUGGAGGCUUUGCAAGCUGCUGAGUCCACAAUUGCAGACCUGACAGCCUGUAGUCUGGACAUCCAGGGUGAGUUUGGAACGCACACCAGUAUGGGCACAGCCUCCGGUUGUGGGGAUUCCGAAGCCACCUUCUGCGGCAGAUGCAUCGACUUACAGAAAGCACUACGAGAGAAAGAGAAUCUCAACAACCACCUUACACAACUUUUAAACAUGGCAGAGAAACUCAUCUUGUCGUCAGACAGCCAGGAAAAGCAGUCCGAAAUCAGAGACCUUUGUUUUGAGAUAGAGGCAGUAAAUGUUGCGUCAAACACGCAAAGCUCCAGUGGUGUCUCUGAAGGAACUGAUGGUUCUUCGCACGAGCUGCAACCACAUUCACUGUCUAUACAGGACGAAGUGCUUUGUGACCAGGAUAGACUGAAUUCUGCAGAGAUAAAUAGUAUUUCAGCACAAAUGAUGUCUGGAUCGUUCAAGGAAAAAGAGUUGAGGGAUAUUGAAGUGGCACAAGGAUGUUUAGAUAAGGAGAUGACCAAAGUUCUUGCAAAAUGCCUUAGUUUAACAGAAUCUGUCAUCACUUAUCUGGCAGCACACUGUGCAAAUGGCUCCUUGACCACUGUUGACUUACAGGCGCAUUUGGACAACCUCCAGAAUGCUCUGCAAGAGAGACAAGAACUCGAGCGUCUGACCCAAACCGCUCAGCCAAGCAGCGCUGCAUUGACAGAACCCCACCCGGCGCUUUAUUGCAGUCUGCAGCUCCUGUUCAAGGUCUUUGCUGAGCGCUCUCAGAGGAUUUGUGAGCUCCAAGCCUCCCUGCAGGUGGAGAGGGCCUGUGGAGAACAAAAUGAGGCCCAUGCAGUAGUGCUGGAUGCCAAGGGGUUACCACCUAGUGUCCAGGCCCAGCUGGAGGCUUUACACAAGGCUCUAAGGGAGAAAAAAAAAACCUGUAAAAAUCUGGAGGAGAAACUGGCCUCAGUCACCAUGACACCAUCACCCAACACUACACAGAGAGCUCUGGAGAAGGAUGACAAAGGUGUGCAGGUGGAUUGUCAGGACCUGGGUUACGAAACCACAGGCAAGAGUGAGAACAAUAGGGAAGAGUGCAGUAGCACAGACCGAGAGGUGGCUGUGAACCCAAGUGGCAGUCUCCCGUUAUUGAGGGCACAUGAGCAGGCACACUUUUCUUCCACUGAAAAUCUGUACUCCACUUCCAGCACUCCAUACCCGAGUUCCCCCACUUUAAGCUCGGCCAAGGCCAGUAUGAAGAGCCCGUUGGCCUACGAGGACUGCGGCCUCUCUGAUGACCCACUCCACCUUCAAACGCAGGUCCGAGACCUGAAGAUCCAGCUGGAAAGCCAAAACAAAAUUAUCCUCCAGUUGCAAAGUCUUCUGCGGAGGAACUCAUGCGACCCAAUGGCCAGCCACUCUGACCAGUCAAUGGAUCAGGACAGCUCACAGGGCCGCAGUCAUAAUAGGAGACCUAGUCAAGGGCAGAUAGGGGAGAAAGAAGAUGUCGGAGAGGACCAGGCAAUUAAAAGUAAAAGCAGCCACAUGAACAGAGAGGCAGGGAGGAACAACAGCAUGAAGGAGCAGCUCCAGCACAACCGGAGCCGCUCUACGUCACCUGCCAGUUUGGACUCGCUGGUGCAGUCACAAGCCAGGGAGCUGUCGCAACUAAGACAGCAAAUCAAGGACAGCCGCAGGCAGGCUGCCCUGCAGCGGCGACAAAUGGGGGAACUGAGCCGGUCCUUGCAGGAGAUGCUACAGGCCAGCGAAGUGGACUGUUAUAUGGGAGAGGUGGUCAAGGGGCAGCUAGACAAGAGCUUGAGUAUUCUGGAGGGGUUGGAAGGACGCCUGGACAAAGGAGAGGCUCAGCUGGAUAAUGAAGACAUGGCUGCUCUGGAGCUUUCUCGCAGUGUGUGCGGGCCAACCGACAGCCCCGCUCAAAUACAGCAGGAGAUAAAUAAUCUGCGUCAAGAGCUAGAGGGCGAGCGACAGAGGCUGAGGCACCACGUGAUCUUCAUGCUCCAACACAAUGUCAACGCGGCCGAACGUGCUAGCGAGCGUUUUGACCUGUUGGCCAAGGAGCUUCAGGAGAAGAACCGCCUCAUUCAAAGUCUGCAGAAUCAGGUCAGAGGUUAUAGUCCCAGCAGCCACCACAACUCCCACUUUGACCUGCACCCCUUGGACAAAAUGGCAUCUUCCUGCCAUGGCAGCUCACCCACACAAGACCAGCGGCGUGCCAGAGAUGCUUGUGGUACCCUGGCAGUGGGCGGAUCCAGGGAAGAGAGCUUGGGGGGUGACCAGGAAACAGGAAGCCAACUGCUUGGGCUGCAGAGGGAGAACGAACGCUUGCAGGAGGAGCUGAGGACCAGCGGACAGCUCAAUGCCACCCUGCAUAGUGAACUAGAGGUGCACUACUCUAUCAUGACCCAUCGUCCGGAUAGAGACCAGGACCAUGAGGAUGUCCGCUCACAAACAAAACAGCCGACCCUAAUCAAUUCAGCCCUGCUGUCAGAACAUCUGCAGGAGAUUCGGGCCUUGAGAGAGCGUCUGGAGGAAAGCAUCUCCACCAACGACCGCCUGAGGGUGCAGUUGGAGAAGAAGCUCGCCGAGGUGGAGAAAGACCGAGCCACAAACAUCUUCAUCCACGGGAGUGAAGAGCAGAGUCAGCUGGUGAGCGAGGUACGCUUCCUUUGGGGUCAGAACCAAGUGCUGAAGGAGCAGCUCAGUUUGGAAUGUAAAGACAUGCAGAAGGAGAGCGAGAGGCUGCAGGAGAACCUGGCGAGGCGCACGGCCAAACUGGAGCAGAGCAGGAAGGAGUAUGAGGUCCUGAGACAGGAGAAGGAGCUGCUGCAGGACUCACUGCACGCCAGUCAGGAGCAGAUAUGCAGCUUGCAGGACCAGGUGAAGCUGCACAGGCAGCAGUUCAGCGACUCGCAGCACCUCAUGCAGUCACUGCGCGUGGAGCUGCAGGUCCACGAGAAGCUCAGGAGCGAUGCUACACAACAAUCCAGCAGCGUGACCCAGGAAGCUCCUCCCUCGGGCUCGUUGGACCUUGCAGAGCUGCUGUCUGAGAUUCGUCACCUAAGGCUUCAGCUGGAGCGCAGCAUCGACAACAACACGUUGCUGCGCCACAAACUGGAGGAGCAGCUGCAGCGAGGCGCCGCGCGCUCGGAAACCAUCAACAUCAACUACCUGAUGUCCUCAGCAGAUGAAGGGAGCAGAUCACCGGGUCAUAAGGAGCACAGUAGCGUCCUCCCCGACGCCAAUCGCCAGGCUCCCUCCAAGCCGGACGGUGGCGACAGCAGCUCAGGCGAGAGCGUCACGGGCGCCCCCUUCCGCCUGGUGCCGGGUCACGGCAUGUGGGCCAACCACAAAGGGCGCCACAUCCUGGCGCUGGUGGAGGACUACAACGCCCUGCGUAAGCACAUCUCAGACGGCCGCAAGCUGUCGCGCCGCAUGGACGCCCAGCUGCAGGAGUGGCGGACCAGCAAGACGGCGGACCGUCAGAGCGCCAGCGACUUGUCCGGGUGCGUGGGUGCCAUGCAGCACGUGCUGGACGAGGCCGCCCGGCUGCUGAAGCUGGCGUGGAAGGUUUCUCUGCCAACCGGCGCCGCAGAGGACAACCAGCAGGACAAGCUGCUGCAGAACGAGAUCGCUCGGCUGAAGAGUCGACUGUCGCAGCGGGAGAAGAUGCUGCGCAGCGUGGUCAAACGCCUGCAGAUCACCAACCAGCUGAAGGAAGGCAUGGAGCGAGUCCUCAUCGAACGUCUGUCGCUCACACACGGAGUGAUGAAAAAUGCUCGGGUCAAUCUGGAGAAAAGUCAUUGUUACCUCUUUGGCCCGAGAGGAGCAGCAGGAGGUGGUGCUAAAUGGCCAGUAGGGGGUGCUGGAGUCUAUCCAAGAAGUUCCUUGGACUCCUCAGAAGAGCAGUGAAGAAACUUCCUGUUGCAGUUUUAACGUUUGAUUUUCCUGCUGUCAAGCUUACUUUUGAUUCAGAAUAUUUUUCUAUUUAAUUUGCACAAAACCUGCUUUAGAGUUUUAGGUACUGAUUUUUGUUCAAUGUCUUUCUUUGUACAGUUAGCGGUAGUUUUUUUUAAUUAUGCAUAUACAAAAAAACGACAUGUAUUUUUAUGACAAAUUGUAUUUUAUCCAGUCAGCUUGAAGAACAUAGUAAAAAAGUUUAAACAUG